AUGAUAGAUGAGAAGAAUAAUAAUCUUAUCAUGAAAAUUUGUGAUGAACUUGACACUAAAUCAAAUUCUGACAAUUCAAAUCCUGUUGAAUGUGGAAGCAUACUAAGGGCCAUGUUAUAG